AUGGCAGCUCGGGCGGGGUCACACACUGACCCGCCCAGCGAGGCCCUGGGCCGUCCUGCAGAACCGGGAGCCCCCGGCUCAAUCCUGCCAUCUGGCCCCGGGGCACUUCCCCAGCUGAGCCCUUGGCAAGUGAAACCGAAACCAAAACGCGGAGCCGAGUCGCUGGGAAAUUCCCCUGCCGGAGGCUUCCCCCAUCCAGCAGCUGGAGACUCAACAGAUGAAUAUGAUUUACAGCCCAGUGCCGGGGAUUCGAGACAGAGAUUCUGGCUCUGGGGACCCCCAUGGCGGCCGGAGAGGGAAACGCUGCAUGAAGGAGGCGACGCACCAGCCAGGGGCUGGGGUGCUGGGGCGCCCACGGGUGCCGGAGCAGGCGUUUGGGGUGAUCUCGCACCUGGCGUGAGGGUAGAGGCCGGGAACCCCCGGCACCCGGCGAAGCAUGAGGAGACCGAGCGCAGGAUUCCAGUGCCAGGAGAGAGACACAACACCAGCGACUUCACAGGCUCUCCCGGCAGCCCCGCUGCGGCCAGGCCACUGCCCGUCCCCCAGGGCCCCGGCACCACGGCCAGGCCAGCUCCCCCAGCUAACGCCUCGGCCACACCCGUCCCGGCUGCCAGCCCCAGGGCCUCGGCCGCCAUCACCCCCCACACCCCUGCUACACCCGCCACUGUCUCUGCCGUAAUCACGGCUACACCCGCCGCUGCUGUAACCACAGUGACACCCAUCACCGCCACAAGCACUACCGCCGCCUCAAGUACAACCGCCGCUACCCUCAUUCUCACAACUACACCUAUCACCACCUCCACUACCCCCACAACUACACCUUACGCUUCACCCCAUACUGACACCACCAUAACUACACCUAACACUACACUCUCCACCUCAACCACAGCAACACCUGACACUACACCCACCACCAACACCUCAGCUAUCCCAACAACUACACCUUACAUUCCACCCCUUACUGACAUAAUCACCACCACCACAACUACACCUAACACUACAUUCACCAACAACACCACAACUACAUCAUCAACAACUAAACCCACCACCUCCACAACUACACCUGAGACUUCACCCCUUACUGCUACUAUCACCACUACACCUAACACCACACUCGCUACCAACACCACAACUACACCUAACACUACACUUGCCACCUCCACCACAACUACAUCAUCUACAACUACACCCUCCACCUCUGCAACUACACCUGACACUCCACCCCUUACUGAUACCAUCACCACUACACCUAACACUACACUCACUACCAACACCACAACUACACCUAACACUACACUCGCCACCUCCAUCACAACUACACCAUCUACAACUCCACCUAUCACCUUCACAACUACACCUGAGACUUCAGCCCUUACUGACAUAAUCACCACCACAACUACCCCUAACACUACAUUCACCACCAACACCACAACUACACCUUCAAUAACUGAACCCAACACCUCUACAACUACACCUGAGACUUCACCCCUUACUGCUACUAUCACCACUACACCUAACACCACACUCGCUACCAACACCACAAGUACACCUAACACUACACUUGCCACCUCCACCACAACUACACCAUCUGCAACUACACCCUCCACCUCUGCAACUACACCUGACACUCCACCCCUUACUGAUACCAUCACCACUACACCUAACACUACACUCACUAUCAACACCACAACUACACCUAACACUACACUCGCUGCCUCCACCACAACUAUACCAUCUACAACUACACCCUCCACCUCUGCAACUACACCUGACACUCCACCUCUUCCUAAUACCACCACCAUCACUACAGCUAGCACGACACUCGCCACCUCCACCACAACUAUACCCAUCACCCCAACUACACCAACCACAGCUACACCUGACACUACACCCAUCACCACUACAUCAGCUAACCUCACAACUACAACAACACCUACUACCACUGCCACCAACCCACCCACUUCCACAACUACCACCACCAGUGCUACACCCACUACGACUAUGAGCACAAGCACUGCUGUGUCCUCGCCCAGCCCAUCCUGGAGCACCACGACAGCAGCGCCCUGUCAGAACGGUGGCACUCCAAAUGGCACCGAGUGCCUCUGCCUGGCUGGCUACUUCGGCCCCCGCUGUGAGUUACUGGACACCAGGUUCUGCCAGAACGGGGGGGUCUGGACCGGGGCAGAAUGCAAAUGCCCCCCCUUCUUCCAGGGGCCAGAAUGCGAAUUCGCCGUGGGCACCAUCACACUCCAAGUCGAGGUGAAUGUGACGAUGGACGUGAAGCUGCAGGUGAUCAACCGCGAGUUCACUGCUGACCUGGCCAACGCCUCCUCCCCGGCCUGGCGAGGGUUCGGGGCCUUUUUCACACAGCAGAUCAAGCCGGUUUAUAGCCAGAUCCCGGGGUUUCAGGACCUGGAGAUCCUGGAGCUCACGCUGGGCAGCGUUGUGGUGGCCCACAGGGUGGCCCUGGCCGUCCCUGUCACCGCCCAGCUCGAGGCCACGCUGGAGAACCUGCCCCAGCGGCUGGAAGAAGAGAUCAGGCUGGCGGCCCGCGACCAGGUCGUCUGCACCAGCAGCUCGCGGGCUCUGUGUUUCAAUCCCUCCUCCACCAAGGUGACUGGGCGGACAACGACAGAGUUCAACGGUGCAGAGUUCUGCAGGCAGACGCUGCCCCCCGGAUACAACGCCCACUUCUUCCCCCGCCCGACGCCCGACGGCUUCACCUGCGCCUCCCUGUGCAGUGUGGGGGUGCCGGGCGCCCUCGGCUGCAAUGCAGGACAGUGCCGGGUGUCCCGCGCCGGCGCCCACUGCCGCUGCCCGGUGAGCGGCCGGUUCUGGUACUUGGGAGCGAGCUGCGAGGUGCAAAUUGACCGGGUCGGCGGCACCGUCAGCAUCGUCGUCAUCGCGGCCUUCGUGCUGCUCAAUGGCGCCCUCCUGCUGACCUACAGGUCAAAGGUCAGGGCGUGCCUGUGCUGCCAUUGGGGGCGUUGACGUCACCGCCUCCCCCCUGGCCUGGCCCCCAGGGGAGCCAACGGGCCCGGCCCCGUGGGGGGAGGGGAGCCCCGUGCAGCUGACCGACGCUGACUGGAACCUGGGCUGGGUCACCCAGCACCAUGGUGAGGGGGGCACAUGUCCUAUCUGGGAUCUGUACAGCACCUGGCGCGACGGGGAACCCUGGUCUUGGCUGGGGCCGCUAGGAUCUGCCAAGAUCCCCACCGCACUGCUUUCACGAGUGGACAGGAAGCCGCUGGAACGCCGACCGCUGACCACAUGGGCUGACAGCGGGGACUUCUGGGGAGGGGGGUUUUCGUGGGCGCUCGAUGCGUCUCAGCCGGAUCCCGCCCUCUGGGACUGUCGGCCCCGGGACGCAGACUGAGCAUAACACUGGCCGUGCAGGGACCCCCCCCGCCCCCGGAGCUUCGGGGGGGAGCAGACAGAGCUAGGCGAUUCGCCGAGGGAUCCAGCCCCCGUCGUCCUGCCCCAGCUCCGGGCAGGCAGAGGUUUCGGGGCACCCCGAGCAGGGGGAUGUGCCACCAACCCUCUUGGUGAAUAGCCAGGCAUGGCCCCAUCCAUCAAUGGGGAGGACGGGGUGGGACCAGGGGACAGGCUCAGGUUAGUGACAGGAGCAGGGGUAGGUUUGGGGUUAUGAUGGGCUGGGGGUAGGUUUGGGGUUGCGACAGGAACUGGGGUAGGUUUGGGGUUAUGACGGGCUGGGGGCAGGUUUGGGGUUAUGACGGGCUGGGGGUAGGUUUGGGGUUGCG